UGAAUGUUCUUGACCCUGGAAUUAUAGUCAACAACCAUCUGAUCACUGCUUUCACUCAAGUCAUGAAAGCUAUGGGUAACGUCGACACAAAAGCUGCUUCUCCAAAUAUGAGCAAACAUGUUUUGAUUAAAAAAAUCAAAGGUUUAUUCGCCAGAAAGAGAGUAUCCCGUAGAUUAAGAGAUGCUAGAUCUCUCCUUGGGGUACUCCUUGCUCACCAGAAAGACUGUGAUUAUGUAAACGUUGCCAAGGAACUAAAAACUGAAAUCGGAAACGAAAGAUUUAAGAGACUGCUCAACGUGGAUGGUCAAGUAACCUUAACUUUCGUAAUCGACAUCAGUGGCAGCAUGAAGUCCGUAAUCCCAAAAGCUACACAGAUCGCUAAAAGUAUUGCUGGAUAUAAAUCCAUUACUCGUGUCGACUAUGUUUUGUCAACAUUUUUUGAAAGCUAUGGUCACAAGCUCAUCGCUAAGGUUAAGCACUUCGAAGAACUCAAAAGAUUCAUAAAAGCCCUUGAUAUGCUCGGUAAUAGCGUACAGCGAGAAGGUAACUGCACUGCUGAGCCAACAUACGCUGGUAUUAUCAAAGGAAUAACAGUUGGGAAACCACAGUAUGGCUCUCCAAUGUACGUAUUCACAGCCGCUCCACCGAAACCCUUAAGAGAUUAUACUGAAGACAACGUUAUAUAUCUCGCGCAGAGAAAUAAGAUUCCUGUAAACUUUAUCAUAUUUGAGCCUUCCUGCUCCCCAAAGACGGAGCUCUCUUACAGGCCUAUCGCACAGGCAACAGGAGGUUUUGCUUUGUCAUUCCAAACGACAUCUUCCAACAUGGAAAGCCUUACAACGAUGAUCGAAGGAAGUCUUGAUGGAACUGCUAUCGUUGCCAGUGAUACUCUCAAUAAAAAACCAAAGCCUAAACGAGGAAUUAAAAUACAUCAUCAAGGCUUUUACAUUGAUGACAUCGCUCAGGAGGGAACCAUUGAAGUUGAGGCCAAAAGCUUAGGGUCACACGGAAUUCUACUUUUUAAUCCCAACAAUUUCUUAAGAUAUCCCGAGAGGGUGCAUAGCAAUCACUUAUUUUGGACUAUCGUCAGACCAAUGAAAGGCAGAUGGCGCUUUAUUUCUGGAGCUACAGACCUGCAGUUUGGGGUUAAGUCACAAUCGCACUUGGACAUCACCUUGGAUUGGAAAUUUAUAAGGAAAGGAGACUUUAUAGAUCAUCCUUUAAUAGGAGAGAAAGCCAUAGUGAAGAUUUACAUUCCAAACAUAUCCCGACUUAUGGAGAACAGCCUGGCUCUUCCCGAAGGAUGGAAACUUCUCUCUACUGAUCACGAUUCCUACACUUACGAAUCCAAGACAGCACUUACAGACACACACUUCAAAAUCCCAAUGAGUGGAAAAACCUUGUCAGGGUUCGACUUUACAAGGGAAUCAGUUGUCAUACAACCCAAGGUCGUCGUCAUCAGGUCUCUCAUGCAUCCUUGGUUUUCCCCUUAUCCGGGUUGGAGAUUCACUUAUAGAGCCUCCAUUGAAUACGCCAAGACUGAUCCUCAGAAGUUUCGAAUGCUAAUCAAAGUCAAAGCAGGAGACGACGAUGACGAUGACGACGAUGAUGAUGACGAUGAUGAUGACGAUGAUGAUGAUGACGAUGAUGAUGAUGAUGAUGGCAACGAUAGUGAUGAUGACUAUCAAAUCCUGAAACUAUCGAAGGGAGCGCAUACAAUCACCCGGAUCCUGGCCGCACCUCGCAAAGGUCGCUUUAGCGUAAAGAUCAAAAUGAAAAAUGAUGAUGUGGAGAUCAACUUUCAAGAUGGUCCCUUCUUUGUAUGGGAUUGAUUCUGGAUUUAAAACGAAAUUUGGAAAAAAAGAUAAUAUUUCCUAAUAGCUUUCGGACAGAAAAAUCCURCUUCCGAACAAGAUCCUUAUGAUGUUGUUUCGUGACGCGUGAGAAAAUCUUCGAUGGGUUGCCUAGGAUGGUCAAUAAUUUAAGGAUAUUAUAAACAAAUCAAAUGUAACAAGAAAACAUAUUAAAUAGAUUUCAAAA